AUGAUUCAAAAAGUUCAACGUAACGUAUGGCGACAAGCACGCGACUAUAUGCGAUCAUAUUCACGAUCCUAUACUGAUGCACAGCUUCGAUCUAACGAACAAUCUUGUGUAGUUGCAGAUCGAGCGAUCGCUCGAAUUGACAUCGCACAUUUACCAGCUAAUUGUCCAACCGAGGAUUAUUAUGCAGCUGCAAAAUGUCUUUCAUCCGAAACCUUCCUCUUUGGUGUAUUUGAUGGACAUGGUGGCAAUGCAUGCAGCCGUUAUAUUUCAACACGGCUAUUUGAUUACAUAUCCGCUUCUGAGUUGAAACAACAUAUUGUCACCGACUUACCCAUUAGAAAUAGAUUACAUUGGUUUUUCACUAAUGGUGAUUUACUCGAUGAAAUAUAUAGAGAAAAACAUUUGAAAAACGUUGAAAUUUUUCAUAAAGAAACAGUGAGCGAUUCGAAAUUGACAACAGUGAAGAAAGCUUUAGAAGUCUCUUUUUGUGCGUGUGACAAUGCUUUGUCCGCUAAUGCAUUGGACGAAAGGCAUAGUGAAUUGUCAAAGCAAUAUGCUGAAAUGGUGUUGGCUGGUUCCUGUGCAAUUGUAGCUCACAUUCGUGGUGUAAAUUUGCAUGUGGCAAAUUUGGGUGACAGUGCUGCUGUGCUAGGAUUGCGUAACCAAGGUGUUGUCUCAGCAAUGACUCUUUCAAAGUCACACUGCGUUGAUAAUUCUGAUGAGGUACAGAGAAUCCGAGACGCUCAUCCACAUAGCGAGAUGAAUAAUGUGAUAGUCGGUGGCCGGCUUUUUGGUGAAUUAUUUCCUUUCAGGGCAUUCGGUGGUGUUAGAUACAAAUGGUCAGCUGGGCUACAAAAAGAAAUAUUUGGUUCUAAGUAUCAUUCCCUGCCACAUGGAAUGAACUCACCACCGUACCUUAGCUCUUCACCAGAAGUGUUGUAUCAUAAGUUGACUCCCAAUGAUAACUUCAUGGUGCUUGCCACAGAUGGUCUUUGGGACUAUCUUGACCCCGAUACUGUGGUGCGUCUAGUAUUCGAUCAUACUCUGGAAAUGCAAACUCUUACUUCGCACGCAGGAACUACGUUGAAACAGAUUCACCAAGAUUUAAAGCAACGGUCAUACAGAACAAGUAAGAAACCACUGGAUGAAAACAGCGCUACUCAUUUACUUCGAUAUGCUUUGGGUGGUCCUGGAGAAGUUUCGGCUCAGUAUAUACGGCUAACCAAAAUGCUGCAAUUACCAUCUGGUAUAACACGUAGGUACAGGGAUGAUAUCACUAUUAUUGUCAUACAUUUCAACCAAAAAUAUCUUGAUCACCCAGAAACACAUGGAUGUUCCAAGAUCCAAUCUAGAACUCCAUAA